UUUGCCCAAUAAUAUCUCACAAACCCAAGAAGAGCCAAACAGAGUGCUACCUGAAAAUUCGUUAUCACCCUUUUGUUAGAGAGAGAUCAGAGAGAGAGGGGGGGUUUGGCCAUGGCUGCUUCAGAGAACGUUGUUGAAUCACCAGUGAAGAGGCCAAGAGAUGAUGAAGAAAAUGGGGUCUCAGUUUCCAUGGAAAUGGAGGGUGGCAAAGACCCUGAUAGUAAUGGUUUAUCAUCGGUGAUUCCUGGGUGGUUCUCUGAAAUCAGUCCAAUGUGGCCUGGAGAGGCUCACUCCUUCAAGGUAGAAAAAAUUUUGUUUCAAGGAAAGUCUGAAUACCAGAAUAUAAUGGUCUUCCAGUCAUCAACAUAUGGCAAGGUUCUUGUUUUGGAUGGAGUCAUUCAGCUCACAGAAAGGGAUGAAUGUGCCUACCAGGAAAUGAUCACUCAUCUUCCUCUUUGCUCUAUUCCAAAUCCUAAAAAGGUUUUGGUAAUUGGUGGAGGUGAUGGAGGGGUCCUGCGAGAAGUAUCACGUCAUUCUUCAGUUGAAAAGAUAGACAUUUGUGAAAUUGACAACAUGGUUGUUGAUAUCUCGAAACAAUUUUUCCCUGAUGUAGCUGUAGGGUUUGAGGAUCCUCGGGUAACACUUCGUAUUGGUGAUGGAGUUGCAUUUCUGAAGGAAGUUCCAGAAGGAACAUAUGAUGCAGUUAUAGUGGAUUCAUCUGAUCCUGUUGGUCCUGCUCAGGAGCUGUUCGAAAAGCCCUUUUUUGAGUCGGUUGCAAAGGCUCUUCGUCCAGGAGGAGUUGUCUCUACACAGGCAGAAAGUAUAUGGCUUCAUAUGGAUAUAAUUGAAAAUAUUGUGACCAAUUGUCGCCAGAUUUUUAAAGGCUCUGUCAACUAUGCUUGGACUACUGUUCCUACAUACCCUAGUGGUAUGAUUGGUUUUAUGCUUUGCGCAACUGAGGGACCACCUGUUGAUUUCAAGCAUCCAGUGAAUCCCAUAGAUGAAAAAGAGUGUCAGAAGUCAGCAAGACCACUGAAAUUUUACAACUCAGAGAUGCAUACAGCAGCAUUCUGCUUACCAUCGUUUGCGAAGAGGAAAAUUGGUUCUAAAGAAAAUUGAGAAGAUUUUCAAGAGCCUGAAGGAGCUCAUGUGGUUGUUGAGAAAAGUGCAACAUUCAUCUUUGCUGUUUUGGUCCAUCUAUUAAUGAACCAUGGAAUAAGUCAGAGCUUAAUUUUAGCACUGAAGAGUAAGUUUUGUUUCAGGAAAUUAGUGUUAGGUGAUAAUGAUAUAGUUGAAGGAUUCAGUUGUCAAUAACUUUUCUCAUAAACACGAUUGACAAUGUGGAACUAUGAUUUGAGAAAAAAAUUUGUUUAGUGCAAAUGGUUUUUUCUUUUCCAUUUUAAAAUUUAAAUGCAUUAUUAUG